UACAUAGUUCGCCUAAUAUUGAUGUACUGACAACCUAUUCAACUGAUUUGGAGAUAAGCAGACGAGUUCAGUCCAAGGCUGCCGACCUUCAAACAAUCCGCAAACAAGGCGCCUGCUUAUCAGAAAACUGGCCGCGUGCAAUUUAAAUCAAAUAGCAAAUGCUGCUGGAAAGCUUCCUCAAAUCUCAAAUCUGAAAUCUUAAAUUGAAACUCGCACUCAUACGUAAUACCAGCAAGAGGCGGCGUGUUUCUGCUCGUUACUGCUUUGCUGCUUAUCACAGUCGCGUGCUCGACUAAAAAUCUAUGUUGCAACUGAUGCAGCAGACGCUGCCUAGACGCCUAUGACAUUUGAUACGAGUUCAAAUCUGCAUAAUAAAGAGCAACAGGUCGAGUGAGGCAACAUCAUCAAGAAAUAACAAUUAGCUAUUUUCCAAACGUGAUAGGUCUUCCGACAUGGGCCGCGCACACCGGCGGACACAUAUCCCACGGAUCCCCAUGUAAAUGAAACCUACUAUCCAUUUGGCUGGGGACAAGUUACAAAUAAUGGCAAACGCGAGCUGUUCAACAUUGGGAGUUGGCUGCGUAAGCGUUAUGGCAAAUUUCUGGCACCCUACUACAGUCCCGAUUUGGUGCACGCACAGGCAACGGGAGUUCCACGCACACACAUGACCUUGCAGACGGUGCUGGCCAGUUUCUUCCCCCCGAAGGGCACGCCCAUGGAGUGGAACAGCAAGUACAAUUGGCAGCCCAUUCCAGUGUUCUCGCAGGAGCUAAAUGAGGAUACGCUAUUACUCGUGCGUAAGCCUUGCCCUCGAUACUUUGAAGCUCUGCACGAUGUCUAUGAAUUACCCGAGGUGAAGACAGAAAUCGAGCCAUAUCUCGAUAUGUACAAGGAGCUGGCAGCUCACACUGGACUUGAGUUCAAAGAACCAGAAGAUGUACAAUCGCUGUAUCUGACGUUGCUCGCCGAGCAGGAAUGGGGUCUGGAGUUGCCCGAAUGGACUAAAGAGUACUUUCCCGAGAAAAUGCAGUUCCUAACUGAACAGAGCUAUGUGUACAAUGUGUACACGCCCGAGAUGCAAAAGAUCAAGGCUGGUCCAUUCCUCAAAAAGAUGUUCGACGAAAUGCAGCAGAGGCGUAACGCAACCCUGAAGCCCGAUAAGCGGAAGCUGUUCAUCUAUACGGGUCACGACUCAACCGUGGUCAACGUGCUCUCCGGCCUGAAGAUCUGGGAGCGUCAGCUGCCACGUUAUUCGGUCAUGGCACUGUUUGAGCUGCAUAAGAACAAGGAAACCGGCGAAUACUGGGUGGAGAUCUAUUUCCGUAAUAAUCCGAAGGCACCAGCUCAAAAGUUAACGGUACCCGGCUGUGAAUUCCAGUGUCCGUUGGACAAGUUGCUCGAGUUGGCCAAGGAUGUGGUGCCCACCGAGGCGGAUGUCAAGCGGUGUGAUGCCCAAAAUGAGGACUUCACAGAGCCACCGCUGCGAGGCCCAUAGAUGAGCUAAAGCUGCACUCUGCUCUGCUCUAACAGGUGCUACAACUCAGGAUUACUUAGGUCAACCUCUAGUUUAAGUCGAACAAUGUACAUUUGCACAUACUUAUUAAAGAUCGAGUCGAAAUUGUAAGAUGA